UCCUCGGAGAACCAAACUUCUCAGGAGCCCCGGAGAGGGGGGGAAGAGAACGCGCUGCAGCCGAAAGCCGAUUCUCCGGAGCCUCCCACCCCGCCUCUUGGCGAGGAGGGCGCGGAGACUCCGCUGGGGGCGGAGGAGGAGGCCAGGAGGCGGGGUGGGGGGAGGCAAACCCUGCCCACUCGGCUCCGAGCCCGGAACGGCCGCGGAAGCCGGAGGCCGGCGCACAGGGCGAGGAGGGCACCAGGGCGGGGGGCGCCGCUCCCCGCCAGACCCCUCUCGCCCCAGCCAGGAAAGUGAAGGCUUCUCGGACUUUAGAGCCAGCGGACAGACCGACCGCGACUGCCAGCCUCUCCGCGUCAAGAACUUACCCCACCCGUCCCCCUCCCCGCCCCCCAGGCGCUCCGAACUCACUGGUGAGCGCGACGACCCGGGCGCUGAAUGCGGGGGCAGCCGCGAUGGCCCCGCGCGCGGGACAGCUGGAGCCAAGGGGGCCGCUGCUACCGGGGCUGCUGCUCGUGGCAGCGGCGCUGAGCCGGCCCGCCGCGCCCUGUCCCUUCCAGUGCUACUGCUUCGGCAGCCCCAAGCUGCUGUUGCGCUGCGCGUCGGGCGCCGAGCUCCGGCAGCCGCCGCGGGACGUGCCGCCCGACGCGCGCAACCUCACCAUCGUGGGCGCCAACCUGACGGUGCUGCGCGCUGCCGCCUUCGCCGGCGGGGACGCGGACGGGGAGGAGGCGGCGGCGGGCACCGUGCGCCUGCCUCUCCUGACCGCGCUGCGCCUCACGCACAACAACAUCGAGGUGGUGGAGGACGGCGCCUUCGACGGGCUGCCCAGCCUGGCGGCGCUCGACCUGAGCCACAACCCGCUGCGCGUCCUGGGCGGCGGCGCCUUCCGCGGGCUGCCGGCGCUGCGCUCGCUGCAGCUCAAUCACGCGCUGGCACGGGGCGGCCCCGCACUGCUGGCCGCACUGGACGUCGCGCUCGGCCCGCUUGACGAGCUGCGCCUCCUGGGCCUGGCAGGCAACGCGCUGAGCCGCCUGCCUCCCGCCGCGCUGCGCCGGCCGCGCCUUGAACAGCUGGACGCGCGCCUCAACGCUCUGGCGGGCCUGAGCCCCGACGAGCUGCGCGCACUCGAGCGCGAUGGCGGCCCGCCCGCGCCGCGCCUGCUGCUCGCCGACAACCCCCUGCGCUGCGGCUGUGCCGCGCGCCCCCUGCUGGCCUGGCUGCGCAACGCUACGGAGCGCGUCCCCGAUGCGCGGCGCCUAAGAUGCGCUUCCCCGCGGUCGCUGCACGACCGCCCUUUCCUGGACCUGGACGAGGCGAGGCUGCGCUGCGCCAACCGCGACGCCGACGGUCGCGGGGAAGAAGGGGAACUCCCUGGCCCGGAGCUGGAAGCCUCCUAUGUGUUCUUCGGGCUGGUGCUGGCGCUCAUCGGCCUCAUCUUCCUCAUGGUGCUCUACCUAAACCGCCGCGGCAUCCAGCGCUGGAUGCGCAACUUGCGCGAGGCCUGCCGGGACCAGAUGGAGGGCUACCACUACCGCUACGAGCAGGACGCCGACCCGCGCCGCGCACCCACCCCGGCCGCCCCAGCCGGCUCCCGCGCCACCUCACCGAGCUCAGGGCUCUGAGCAUCGCCUUUUGGGGGUUGGGUGUGUCCCUGCCAGCUGAUGACCUUAUUGGGGCUGCCUGGCCUGAAGCCGUGGGUAUGAGACACUUGAGAGCUUGGGGCUUUUGAGACCUGACCCUGACCGACCUGAGACCUUUGGAUUAUGGCAUCAUUCCUCCUCCCCGCCGUCCCCCCUCGCCCCAGGUCCCAAGCUGUACCCUUCUUCCCAGCUUCUGAAGGCUCUCACCAUCAAAGACCCAGAGACACCCCCUUCUGAUUCCAGAAACCCUUCCCACCCAUCCCAGGCUCUGACACACCUCUCUGGAUCCACCAAAAGUCCCCCCUCCCCACCUCCCACCAUCGCCUUUCAAGACUCACCCAGAAACCUUGUCCUAAAACCUGAAAGCCUGGAGACUCUCCACCACUUUGUGCUUAGAGCCCUAACCUCCCAGAGGGAAACAUCACCCUUAAUGUCUCGGACCCCCAUCUCCAACUUGGAGCCCUCAGCUCCCUUCCCAGGGCUUGGGCCCUCACGUCUCCUUCUGGUCUCAGAAACAGAGCACUCCCACAGGAAGGUUUUUGUGGACUUCGAGCCUCUUUUUCUCAUCCUGCAUAGAGACCCACUCCCGGGGCUCUGAGGGUUGGGAACCCUCCCCCAAUCUGAGGAUGUGUUUCAUACCACCCACCACCCUCGCUUUCUUGGCCUAGGCGUGGGGCUCAGCUGCAUUGGUCUCUCCCAUCCAGGGACAGGUACACCCCAUUAUAGCCUUAGUGUGGAGCCAACCCUCAGCCUUUCCCACCAGGGCUCUGAUCCCCCAGUACUCAGUGCUCAUCCCCAAUCUCAGACCCGCAGCUCUUCAUCCCCAUCUGAGUUUCAUGUCCCUGCCCAAGUGUUAGGCUCUUGAUUCCCCCCACACCCAUAGCUUGCACUCAGUACCCACCCUUGCCACUCAUUGGGUCAGGGUUCAGUGAGGAAUCCAUCCCUGGGAUGUGCCCACCCCUUUUAUCUCCUAGGAUGAGCUCUCCAGCCCCGCAAGAUAGGUGCACGUGCCCCCCACACACACACACCCCACCAUACUGGCAGAUCCCCAUGGGGAAGGGAGAUUCCUGGGGGUGUGAAAUCAGGCCUCAGAACCAGGGUCACCUGCCCAUCAUGGCCUCAGAAGGGUGAGGGAGGGGACUGUGAAGGACUGCAAGCUGCUGCCCACAUGCUCCUUCCCACCCGUGUGCUUCUACUCCCCUAAGGCUUCCUUGCUGCUGUACCUCCUCCCCCAUAUGCCUUCUGGAAGAGGAAGGGGGUCUAGCCUUCUGUCUCAGGCACAAGCCCUCCUGUUCAGGGUCAGAGCCUCAGCGCCCUGCCUUCUGCAUGAUCCCAAAGCACAAUUGGUGAGUGGGGAGGGGGCUGCCUCUCCCUGACUCCCACCCCCUUGGUCAGGCAGAAUGGUUGGCCUGCGCUGCCUCCACACACAGGAAGCCACCCUCUUCAACAUACUGGCUGGAAGCCUGCCUUCCCACACCUAUCCCCGAAAUCUGGAUGUCCCUUGGGCAGUUUUCUAUAAAGUCUGCAAUAAU